AUUCUUCUGUGCAGGUCUCCCACCUGAGCUCCACCCCCUCACAGCCCCUUAGCAUCAUGGUUGGCCCCCCUCACCCUCACCACCACCCCCAUCACCAUCACCACCCCUCCGUCAUCAGCGCAGCCGUCAACCCUGAGCGGCCUCGCCCAUCCCCCAUAAGCACCCUGGGCUCGCCGUUCAAUGGGCUGUGCGGCUCGCCGUACUCCGUCAUCACGUCAUCCUCUCUGGGCUCGCCAGGUGUCUCCAUGCCCCACACGCCCACCAUCGGCUUCAGCACGCUCUCCAGCCCACAGGUAAGGGUCAACGUAUUCACACACAUACAGACGAAGGCAUACACACACACUUGCAUAAAGCUCCAACUGGGAUACCACAAACUGUCUCUCUUUCUCACACACAUACACACACAGCUGUGUUUGAGGAGAAAGACACUAAUGAAUGUCUUACAUAAGGAGAUGCAUACAAUACUAUAUCAAAGUCAUAGUGUAGCAUAAUUUGACAAAUAUGUGCCAAAAUAUGAUAUAUAUGAAAAAUAUUAUAUACAUGAUAUAUGUGCAUUUAAACAGCUAUGUGACUCACUGUUGAGCUGGGUGAUUUUCUGCUUGGCGCACAUUAAGGCCUUCUUGGUUACUUGCUAAACACAAACACACUGAACAUAUAAGAGGCUUUACAAUAGGCGAGUCAAUGCACCAAAGUAUUGUAGCUUAGGAACUACUGCAGCAGAUACAUUUUGAUCACUCAUAUGAGUCUCUCAAUGUCUUAGGCUUGACUACUCUCCUUCAUCCAACUACAGUAACUAACCUUCCCAGCACUGUAUACCUAGACCUAAUAUUAAAGUAGUCUCAGUUAUUGUAUUUUAGUGUUCGCUCUGCGUCCUUCUAACAGAAUAUAGAAGGCUGGUAUGCAAGGCUAGCCUGACCCAGACUCAUUCAUGUCCACAGACUACAACUGAGUCAGAGGCUGCUGCUGCCGUAGAAAUACAAUCUCAUUCUAUUCUGCUGCUCACUUCACUGGUCCUCACUCAGUUAGUGAGACAGCGCUUGCACUUACUCGGAGUCGAAGUCCCAAAUUGAUAAAAAAGUGAGGAGAAUAGAAUACUCUUGUCCAUGUCCACUUACGAUUGUCAAUUUAAAAGUGUAUAUAAAAAAAAUCUGUCCUGUAUUAAGUAGAAUCUAGACUCCUGUGUCGCUUUUCGGACUAUUUUGUGCCCUGUCUCUGCCUGUACCACUGGCUGGGCCUCUGCUUGACCUAGAGGGGAUGAGCCGAUUUGUAUUUGGCUGUCCCGCUCGGAGCUAACUGAGCAAAGCUAACGAGGCGUGAUGGCUAGUGAGUCAGAGGGAGAUAUCAUUGCCCCAGCAAUGCUAAGCUAAGAUAAAGUCUCCGUAGGCUAGCUAGAUAGCAAAAAAAAGAACACAAACAGACGUAAUCCUUUUGAAAGCUGUGCCAUCAGGGCAUUUUUUUCUUUAAACAAAUAGGGUCACAUAUGCAAUAGAUUCAGAUCCACUAAUAGUGCAGCUCCUUUUGGUGUAAAGGAAGUAGACAGAAUGUUUACAUUUUAGUUCAUUGCCCGGCACAUUCAGUGAGCCAAGCAACAAAAUGUAAAAAAUGACUCUUUGGAUCAACCAAAAAAAAUUGCGUUAAGGGUUAAGGUUAGACAGUGAUUUGGAGCCAGUCAUGUAAUUUAAAACGGAGAUUAUUCCCUCCACUUCUGAUAUUUACCCCUUAUAUACACCUUACACUUAUUAUCUUCCCUCAUAAUUUUUUUGAUUAUAGUUAAUUUACUUUACUCUAAAGUUGAGAGAUACAGAGAGAGAGAUACAGAGAGAGAGACACAGAGAGAGAGACACACACAUAUAUAUAUAGAGAGAGAGAGAGAGAGAGAGAGAGAGAGAGAGAGAGAGAGAGAGAGAGAGAGAGAGAGAGAGAGAGAGAGAGAGAGAGAGAGAGAGAGAGAGAGAGAGAGAGAGAGAGAGAGAGAGAGGCAGGUAGACAGACUAGCGGUUAAGAGCGUUGGGCCAGUAACCGAAAGGUCGCUGGUUUGAAUUCCCGAACUGACUAGGUGAAAAUAAAUCUGACUUUGUGCACUUGAGCAAGGCAUUUAACUAAAAUGUAAAAUACAGAGAGAGAUAAGAGAGAGAUAGAUGCACUCCUGCCAUCAAAGAAUGUAGAAGACAGACCAGAUAGUCGACAAGAAGUUACACAUCCUUAAAACUUUUUUAUUAUAAUAGUUAUUUUACUUUAAUCCUAAAGUUUUUUGUUUUAUUGGUCCUAAGGGUUGAGAAGAGCACGGUAGAGCGUCUGCUAAAUGACUAAAAUGUAAUGUAAUGAGUGGAGGAGGGAGACAACAAUUCAAAGACCGGAUGAAGUGGGAUGAAUGAGUACUCACCCUGGUCAGUGAGCAGAGGCAGCAAGUCAGUGGAGUAGCUGAACUCUUGGAAAUAAGUUUGAGGGCCACCUUCACAGGCUGAAGGGUCAUGGAGAGGUCCUGGACAAACUUGGCUGUCAGGCUCUCCUCCACCAGGGUCAUGUUGGCAGUGACCUCAUCAGAGAUGAACACAAACAUACUGACAUCAUCCUGCAUCUGAACAAUCUGCAGAGAGAGAGAGAGAGGGAAGGAGAAAGAGACAGGGAGAAAAUGGAGAAGGGGAGAUCAAUUGGAAAAUAUGUUUAUGAACAAUAAGGAGUAUUUUUUACUUUUUAUACCAGGCUGUGAGAACAAAUGAACUGUGUACUUGCUGUGCAGCCCAGGUCUGAGUUGAUGCCCAAUUUCACUGAGUAAUGGUCCUGGGUCAUCAUGGCAAUAUGGGUGAGUGCCUCCCCAUCUAGCUGGAAGUACUCCAUCCCUCUACUUUGAUUGAACUGAGUUAUUCAUCUAUCCACACACACACAAACGUAAAUAAGCGCUGAUAGGUGAAAAUAACUUCAAGAGAUGAAAUAAGGACUUGAACCCCAGCCCUCUAGUACCUUUGAAGUAGGCAACACCCAGAGCAACCAAGCUAGCACUUCUUCCCAGGGGCUUUGUCAGGAUGCGAUCCACCUCGCCGCCAGUCUGGUUGAUUGCAUCAAUGGUUGUGAUUGUUUUCAAUCUUAGAGAGACUGGGUCCCGACUUUGAGGGAAUACAAUAUCUCUGAUCUGUUGUGGCCCCUUUUUGACAAGAUCACACCUCUGUUUGUCAGACAGCGCCUCCGACCACAAUGCUACAUCAUCACUUAAACACACACUCACGUUCUGUAGUAGGUCCACGUGCUGAUCUUUUUGUGACUCUGGAAGAGCAAGGGCUGGGGGUGAAUCAGGCUCUGAAUCUGAAUGAUUUGCAUCUUCCUCUCCGAGCUCUCACUCUGGUUCGCUGCGCUGCUGCUAGUACUGAUGAUGAUGAGCCCACCAACAGCAGCAGAGGCAGUAAUGCUACUGGUUGAAGUGCUAGCUAGGCUAAUUCUAGUGGUUGUUGAAGUGCUAGCUAGGCUUUUUAAAUUUUUGUAUUUAACUAGGCAAGUCAGUUAAGAACACAUUCUUAUUUACAAUGACGGCCUACACCGGCCAAACCCGGACGACGCUGGGCCAAUUGUGCGCCGCUCUAUGGGACUCCCAAUCACAGCCGGUUGUGAUACAGCCUGGAAUCAAACCAGGGGGUCUGUAGUGACACCUCAAGCACUGAGAUGCAGUGCCUUAGACCGCUGCGCCACUCGGGAGCCUAAUGCUAGUGGUUGUUGAAGUGCUAGCUAGGCUAAUGCUAGUGGUUGUUGAAGUGCUAGCUAGGCUAAUGCUAGUGGUUGUUGAAGUGCUAGCUAGGCCUGGGCCUGUCUCGUCGUCGUGUCCUCUGCCUCGACGAUGAUAGCAGUAUUAGCAGUGGCACCUGUCUUUUUACUAAAUAAAUGUGUUAACUUAGGUCAUGUUUCUGUUCAAAUGUAUUCUUCUUCCUUUCUUUUUCUUUUCUCUGCUCUUCUGAGUGUUUUUGCUGCAGCUUACUUUCAAUGAAAGUCAUGUUUGUGUAUGGGUGGUCCUCUGUAGCUCAGCUGGUAGAGCACGGCGCUUGUAACGCCAAGGUAGUGGGUUCGAUCCCCGGGACCAGCCAUACACAAAAAUGUAUGCACGCAUGACUGUAAGUCGCUUUGGAUAAAAGCGUCUGCUAAAUGGCAUAUUAUAUUAUAAAUCAUAUCGCAUGAAAUAAUGCCUCGAGCAGAGCAUGGGGGAGUUUAUUUUUAUUUUUAUUUUUUAUGCCCAGCUCAUGAGGCCCCUUGAUGAUGCAAAGCCUGAGGGAGUUGCCUCUUUUGCCUAAUGGUAAGUCCACCACUGGGGUAAGGGUAAGGGUUAAGUUUAGGGUUAGAGCUAGGGUUAGGGUUAGUAGAUAGUUAGUUGAAAUGUUACUGAUGGACUAUCCAAAUAAGUAAGUAAAAAGUAAAAGUAAGUCGCCUUGCAUGAGCCUUGGCUUGUGCGAGCCGGAAUGGCUCAUAGGAGCAGAAGCCUAUCUCCUGUUUCUAUAGUGUCAGGCAGCUUGAUGUACAAGUACACCUCGUGAAGAGGACACUAGUCUAUCGCAGGGCCUUACCCCCAAUCUAUCUCCUUAAUGCUGAGUGCCAAGCAGAGACACAUUGGGUCCCAUUUUUACAGUCUUUGGUAUGACUCGGCCAGAGACUGAACUCAAACCUUCCAAUCUCAGGGCGGACAUUCUAACCACAAGGCCACUGAAUAAAGAACAUAAAUCUAUAAAACUAUAUACACUGAGUGGACAAAACAUUAGGAACACCUGCUCUUUCCAUGACAUACUGUAGACUGACCAGGUGAAUCCAGGUGAAAGCUAUGAUCCCUUAUUGAUGUCACUUGUUAAAUCCACUUCAAUCAGUGUAGAUGAAGGACAGGAGACAGGUUAAAUAAUGAUUUUUAAGCCUUGAGACAAUUGAGACAUGGAUUGUGUAUGUGUACCAUUCAGAGGAUGAAUGGGCAAGACAAAAUAUUUAACUGCAAUGCUGCUGGGUUUUUCACACUCAACAGUUUCCCGUGUGUAUCAAGAAUGGUCCACCACCCAAAGGACAUCCAGCCAACUUGACACAACUGUGGGAAGCAUUGGAGUCAGUCAACAUGGGCCAGCAUCCCUGUGGAACGCUUUUCGACACCGUGUAGUCAUAGCCACGGGAAGUAGAGGUGCUGAGGGUGCUGCCCGUGCAUAUGUUACCUAUGUGUAUGUAUGUGUGUUUGUGCGUCCUUGCACAUUUGUAUGUGUGUGUGUGUGUAUUGACCCGGCCCUGUCCUUUCUAGUCUACAGUACAGUACAGCGGCAGGUCGACUAGAGGGCAGGGAGCCGCAUCACUACCCAAACAUACUAGACCCAGACUGGUCUCACUCCAAGGGCAAUAGUCCCUUAACCUGUUUGUGUGAGAGCGUGUUUGUGUACACAAGAUGCCUAUAUAUUACAGCACAUACUUACUAUAUGCAUGACUUACCCUCACUAUCAGGAUAAUGCAUUAUUAGGAGGAUGUUCUCAUAACUUUUUAAUUCAUUGUGUGGUUCAUAAUGAUCAGACCUGGGUUCAAAUAGUAUUUGUUCUAUUUAUUAUACUGUAGAUGUGCUUGAUUGAGCUUGCCUGGCACAUUGGAACCAAUGCAAUAGUCCUUAAAGUGUAAACCCCGCCUCUCUUGUACUCUAGACAGGCUCAAUCAAACUCAAAAGUAUUUGAAGGAACACAAAUACUUUAUGAAUCCAGGUCUGGUAGUGAAGCGUUCCUUCAGCCCAGAGUAGUUUAUAAAGUUUACUUAAUGACCAACUACCUCCCUCUACUGCUCUCCUUUGGAAUUGCAUGUAACAAAGUUCAAUUGAGUGUGUAUUCAACUUAGUUAGAAUUCUAUCUGAUAUGAAUUAUAUUAGCCUUACAGUUAUCAUUUGGUGCCCUUCCUUGGGGGCCUUCUGUAAAUGGUUUACUAUGGGCAUUAAAUCAGAUUAAGGACUGUGUAGAGAGAGUAAACAAUCAAAAAUAAACUGCUACUUCCUUACCUGGAUAAAGAACAGGUCACAUGACAUGACAAAGGAAAACACUUCAUAUAAGGUUUUAAGGGAGGUAGGAAGUGGAGCAUGAGAUAGGGAGGUAUGCACAUAGAUAGGAAUGAAUACAAGCACACAUACACACACACACACACUGAGGGAGGCACUGACUUUAUGCUGUAUAGCUAAUGCAUACAGUAUACAAAAGACCAUCAUGAUAUAUCACUCACUGUGAUCUUUGCUGAACUUGAGGUGCUGGGUUCUGUCUUCAGCAAAAAUGGAAGUCGGUGAAUUUUGAUCUUUGUGACACAGUGGGCAGUUUGGCAAAAGUGAGGCUGUGUUUGUGUGCGUUUGUGUGUGUGAGAUUUACACACACACCCCAUACCCACACACACACACACACACACACACACACACACACACACACACACAUACACCAUUAACCCCCUCUCUGUCUGCUGCUCUCUGUAGAUAAACUCUCUGAACAGUGUGAGCAGCAGUGAGGACAUCAAGCCUCCUCCAGGCCUGGCUGGACUGGGUCACAUGAACAGCUACGGCUGCAUGAGCCCAGGGUCCAUGUCCAAGCAUGUCUGUGCCAUCUGUGGGGACCGAUCUUCAGGUAAAACACCAGACUACAUUAUAGCCCAAGACUAGACAAUAAUACUAUGAGAGCUUGGAACUAUAAGGUUCUAUCUGCAAAAAGAUGAUUCUGAGAUAAUUGGCUUUAAAGUUCCAAACCCUCAUUGGUUUGAAUGUGUCAGCAAUUUUUAUGUUGUAUUCUUUUGAACUUACCAACAUGAAUUGGGGUAUUUAGAGUACUAUACAGGUAGAGAACAUUGAACGGAACAAGGGUAUGUCAAUAAUUCCAUUUUGACAGAAAUGUAGAUAGAACCUCAUAGUCCCAAGCUCUCGAGCUGGGUAGCAGAGUUUUUCCCUUGACAGGUUGCAUGUUAAGGAAUAAACUCUGUCCCUACUACUAGUAUACCAUACCCCCUUCAUCAACAUACUGUACCUAAAGGAUAACUAAGCCAAACGAACAUUUCCGCGAGAAAUUCUACAAUAUAUUAUUUCCACUCACUAACACCAGAGAGUAUAUUUAAGCAAUAAGGCACGAGGGGGUGUGGUAUAUCAAAUCAAAUCAAACUUUAUUGGUCACACACAUAUUUAGCAGAUGUUAUUGCGGGUAUAGCGAAAUGCUUGUGUUUCCAGCUCCAACAGUGCAGUAAUAUCUAACAACAAUACACACAAAUCUAAAAGUAAAAGAAUGGAAUUAAGAAAUAUAUACAUUUUAGGACGAGCAAUGUCGGAGUGGCAUAGACUAAAAUACAGUAGAAUAGAAUACAGUAUAUACAUAUGAGAUGAGUAAAGCAGCAUGUAAACAUUAUUAAAGUGGCCAGUGAUUCCAUGUCUAUGUAUAUAGGGAAGCAGCCUCUAAGGUGCAGGGUUACGUAACCGGGUGGAAGCCGCCUAGUGAUGGCUAUUUAACAGUCUGAUGGUCUUGAGAUAGAAGCUGUUUUUCAGUCUCUCGGUCCCAGCUUUGAUGCACCUGUACUGACCUCGCCUUCUGGAUGAUAGCGUGGUGAACAGGCAGUGGCUCGGGUGGUUAUUGUCCUUGAUUAUCUUUUUGGCCUUCCUGUGAUAUCGGGUGCUGUAGGUGUCCUGGAGGGCAGGUAGUUUGCCCCCGGUGAUGUGUUGGGCAGACCGCACCAUGGCUAAUAUACCACGGCCAUGUUCUUAUGCACGACACAAUGCGGAGUGCCUGGAUACAGCCUUUAGCCGUGGUAUAUUGGAAAUAUACCACAAACCCCAGAGGUGCCUUAUUGCUGUUAUAAACUGGUUACCAACAUAAUUAGAGCAGUAAAAAUAAAUGUUUUGUCAUACCCGUGGUAUAUACCACGGCUUUCAGCGAUUCAUCAUUCAGGGCUCGAACCACCCAGUUUAUAAAGCUCCUCAACUAAGCAUACCAAACCACACCAACAGUGAAUACCACCCCACAACAGCAGCUCAUGUACAGAAGGAGGUGAUCUGAUCAAGAUAAUCAUUCUAUUUCCUGUUUCUUUCUUCCAGGGAAACACUAUGCCGUGUACAGCUGUGAAGGCUGUAAAGGCUUCUUCAAGAGAACCAUCAGGAAGGACCUCACCUACACGUGUCGAGACAGCAAGGAGUGCCUGAUCGAUAAGCGCCAACGCAACCGCUGCCAAUACUGCCGCUACCAGAAGUGUCUGGCCAUGGGCAUGAAGAGAGAAGGUGUGUGUGUGUGUUGGACUCCCCUGCGUACAUGCGUGUGUGUUUCUCUAUGCAUGCAUGCAGGUGUGUGUGUGUACUGUAUUAGUGUAUAUAAGUCCCCUGUGUGUGUGUGUAUUUCUCUGUGCAGCGGUGCAGGAGGAGCGUCAGCGGGGCCGGGACAAAAGUGAUAACGAGGUGGAGUCAACCAGUAGUUUCAACGGGGACAUGCCGGUCGAGAAGAUAUUGGACGCGGAGUUGGCCAUCGAACCCAAGACUGACGCUUACAUGGAGGCCAGCGCAGGCAACUCUGUAAGCAAAGCUCUGUCUGUCUCUCUCUCCCCACUCUCUCUCUAUUUCUCUCUCUCUCUGUCUCUGUGUCUUUGUGUGUCUGUGGACAGACCUCCAAUAUAAGUCAAAUCGUAUUAAAUGUUCUAAAUGCUUGUGGUUACUCGACACGUGACUAUUUGAAGAGUUUCAUUCCAAAACACGAUAUAUCCAUUUUCAGAAUGUUGGUAAAUUCAUGAAUUAAAAACACAUCUUGUGGAAGAGAUAAAGGCUAUUAUUUUUUCAUCUUACCAUGACAGGGGCUAGUGAAAAGACUUUGGUUUGAAAUGUAUUGCAAGGUAAUUUUAUUUUUGAGAAACAAAUAACGAUGUUUUGUGGUCAAAACGCUAUAUAUCCCCCCCAAACAACAGAACUCCAAUAGAAAAAGAUACUGAUUGGGUUUUUAACAGUUACAUGUAAUAAAGUAUCGAUACAUAAAUAAAUAUCAAAAUAAUCAAUUCGUUUCAACUAUAUUGUGCAAAAAUCAAAUAGCCAAUUUAUUGUAUCCAGAGGGUGACAGUGUAUACAAUGUGUGUUUUCUUUUUGGACAUUUAAGGAAUAAUGACAUUGUCGCAAUGAAUUUGCCGGUUAAGGAUGGAUUGAUUCUUAUUGUCGGAGUGACACAGCCCGCUGUUUGCAGCCUCCGUAUGUUUGCAGCCAGUAGCUUAUUAUUGUUUACUCUCGCUGGAUCUUGGCUCUCUUUUUCAUGAGCUUGUUUAGAAAGUGUCCUCUUCGGGCCAACAGAAACAGAUAUCACAGGCUCCAAAGGGAUCCAUAACCAAAAGGUCCACGACACUCAAGAGCUCAAAGCUAACGUAACACUAGGUAGCCAGUGACCGAACAGCUGGGAGUGACAGCUGUCUAUCACCACAUCUGGCUGACUAAACCAGGGGUUAGCCUAAAUUAAUAAUCCAAGGUUCUGAUUACGUUCCAAAGUGUGGAAAAAAUAUUUAGAGAAACCUAACUUAAGACUGAACAGGUAAAUAUAAUUAUUUGCUAAAUGACUCACUUUUGCGCCAGCGACAAAAACGAUAUGGAACGUUGAAAUCCAUCUGGACAGUGGAUAUAGCCAGAGCCAUAUACUGAGUGUACAAAACAUUAGGAACACCUGCUCUUUCCAUGACAUAGACUGAGCAGGUGAAUCCAGCUCAAAGCUAUGAUCCCUUAUUGAUGUCACCUAUUCAAUCCACUUCAAUCAGUGUAGAUGAAGGGGAGGAGAAAGGUUAAAGAAGGAUUUUUAAGCCUUGUGACAAUUGAGACAUGGAUUGUGUAUGUGUGCCAUUCAGAGCAUGAAGGGGCAAGGCAAAAUAUUUAAGUGCCUUUGAACGGGGCAUGGUAGUAAGUGCCAUGCGCACCAAUAUGAGUGUGUCAAGAUCUGCAACGCUACUGGGGUUUUCACGCUCAACAGUUUCCCAUGUUUAUCAAGAAUGGUCCACCACCCAAAAUGACAUCCAGACAACUUACAUUUUAAUAGACGCUCUUAUCCAGAGCGACUUACAGGAGCAAUUAGGGUUAAGUGCCUUGCUCAAGGGCACAUCGACAGAUUUUUCACAUAGUUGGCUCGGGGAUUCGAACCAGCGACCUUUCGGUUACUGGCACAACACUCUUAACCACUAAGCUACCUGCUGCCCCUACUUGACACAACUGUGGGAGGCAUUGCAGUCAACAUUGGCCAAAGGGGGUGCAACUCAAUAUUAGAAAGUUGUUCCUAAUGUUUUGUAUGCUCAGUAUAUAAAGAGGUGGGCCAACUUUUAGAAUGUUGAAUAUUGUUCUAAUUCUAGAUAUUCAGUUACAUUGCUUUAAUAAAAUAUAUAAUCCCCAUGUAAUGUUAAUGAGGUGCUAACAUGGCUGCUGUAGAAAUGUAUAAAUGCAACAUAAUGCUCAGUACUAGAGGGGUUCUGUCAUAAACCCUCAAAGUUCCAGAAUGCAGUGAAAAAGGCAGCCAUAUUGGUCAGGGAAAAAUCCAAACCAGUCUAAUUGGAAUGAAUGACAGUAGAGGCAUAAUCCUGAUUUUACUUAUGCAGGACAAUAAAGGUAAGACGUGAUGUACAGUGGGGAAAAAAAGUAUUUAGUCAGCCACCAAUUGUGCAAGUUCUCCCACUUAAAAAGAUGAGAGAGGCCUGUAAUUUUCAUCAUAGGUACACGUCAACUAUGACAGACAAAAUGAGAUUUUUUUUCUCCAGAAAAUCACAUUGUAGGAUUUUUAAUGAAUUUAUUUGCAAAUUAUGGUGGAAAAUAAGUAUUUGGUCAAUAACAAAAGUUUCUCAAUACUUUGUUAUAUACCCUUUGUUGGCAAUGACACAGGUCAAACGUUUUCUGUAAGUCUUCACAAGGUUUUCACACACUGUUGCUGGUAUUUUGGCCCAUUCCUCCAUGCAGAUCUCCUCUAGAGCAGUGAUGUUUUGGGGCUGUCGCUGGGCAACACGGACUUUCAACUCCCUCCAAAGAUUUUCUAUGGGGUUGAGAUCUGGAGACUGGCUAGGCCACUCCAGGACCUUGAAAUGCUUCUUACGAAGCCACACCUUCGUUGCCCGGGCGGUGUGUUUGGGAUCAUUGUCAUGCUGAAAGACCCAGCCACGUUUCAUCUUCAAUGCCCUUGUUGAUGGAAGGAGGUUUUCACUCAAAAUCUCACGAUACAUGGCCCCAUUCAUUCUUUCCUUUACACGGAUCAGUCGUCCUGGUCCCUUUGCAGAAAAACAGCCCCAAAGCAUGAUGUUUCCACCCCCAUGCUUCACAGUAGGUAUUGUGUUCUUUGGAUGCAACUCAGCAUUCUUUGUCCUCCAAACACGACGAGUUGAGUUUUUACCAAAAAGUUAUAUUUUGGUUUCAUCUGACCAUAUGACAUUCUCCCAAUCCUCUUCUGGAUCAUCCAAAUGCACUCUAGCAAACUUCAGACGGGCCUGGACAUGUACUGGCUUAAGCAGGGGGACACGUCUGGCACUGCAGGAUUUGAGUCCCUGGCGGCGUAGUGUGUUACUGAUGGUAGGCUUUGUUACUUUGGUCCCAGCUCUCUGCAGGUCAUUCACUAGGUCCCCCCGUGUGGUUCUGGGAUUUUUGCUCACCGUUCUUGUGAUCAUUUUGACCCCACAGGGUGAGAUCUUGCGUAGAGCCCCAGAUCGAGGGAGAUUAUCAGUGGUCUUGUAUGUCUUCCAUUUCCUAAUAAUUGCUCCCACAGUUGAUUUCUUCAAACCAAGCUGCUUACCUAUUGCAGAUUCAGUCUUCCCAGCCUGGUGCAGGUCUACAAUUUUGUUUCUGGUGUCCUUUGACAGCUCUUUGGUCUUGGCCAUAGUGGAGUUUGGACUGUGACUGUUUGAGGUUGUGGACAGGUGUCUUUUAUACUGAUAACAAGUUCAAACAGGUGCCAUUAAUACAGGUAACGAGUGGAGGACAGAGGAGCCUCUUAAAGAAGAAGUUACAGGUCUGUGAGAGCCAGAAAUCUUGCUUGUUUGUAGUUGACCAAAUACUUAUUUUCCACCAUAAUUUGCAAAUAAAUUCAUUAAAAAUCCUACAAUGUGAUUUUCUGGAUUUUUUCCCUCAUUUUGUCUGUCAUAUUUGACGUGUACCUAUGAUGAAAAUUACAGGCCUCUAUCAUCUUUUUAAGUGGGAGAACUUGCACAAUUGGUGGCUGACUAAAUACUUUUUUCCCCCACUGUAUCAGAAAUUGUGUAAUAUAAUUAUUGUCAAUCUAAAAUAUUUAUAUUAAUAUAUAAUAUUUUAUUUAUCUAUACAGUUUAUACAGGUUUUAUACAUUUUUGUAUAUAUUUUUUUACAUGUAAACAGACCAUAGAUUUCUACAUUUUUGUUUUAUUGGAAAGCUGCGAGUGCUAUUAUAUGACACAAUAUCAGUACUUGCAUUUACAACUUGUCUAAGUCCUAUCAUAAACUGAUUUCAGCGAGUGUAUGGCUGUGUAUUCACUGCAUAUUGGCAGUUAAUUUGAAAAAUGUAUGUAAUCAUUCCUCUAUAACUGGCUGGCUAGCUAGCUAACAAACAUAGUGCAGAUAAAUUCUUCAAAUUCAUUAUUUCACACAAUAUUUUAUCACAGCACUGGCAAACCAUGGUUGGUUGACUAACUCCCUGACCACAUGACCAUUCUAGUAUUCCAAUUCCUAAUUCUAUUAUUAACGGGAGCUAACAUGGCUGCCAUAGAAUGUUGUAGUGUCAUGUAAAUGCAUCAUAAUACAGAAACCUCAAUGUCAACUCUUUAAACACGUGGCUCUGGAUAUAGUGCUUUUUGGUAUGAAACAAGUGUGUUGGAUAUGUCGCUUAGCAAAAAAACAUAUUCUAAAGCACAUAUAAAGUACAUGUUUUAAAAGAACAGCCAUAAUUCAUACACUUAGAAAGGGUACCAUGAGCAUUCAUUUCAGAUGACAAAAUUCAAAUGUGAAAAAUUGGCGUUUAUCGCCUUUUGGAAUCAAAUCCUUCAUUUGUUCCAUCUAUACUCAGUUUCCUCUUUCAUAGCCGAUUACUGAAUGUUACAUGUGUGUCUCUGUCUGUCUGACAGACGAACGACCCGGUCACCAACAUCUGCCAGGCAGCAGACAAGCAGCUAUUCACCCUGGUGGAGUGGGCCAAAAGGAUCCCCCACUUCUCUGAGCUACCCCUGGACGACCAGGUCAUCUUAUUACGAGCAGGUAGGCUACAGCUCACACACCAGGUCACCAUGCAUGUUCACUUACCAUAGUGCUUUACUUGUGGUGGUAGAACAGUACAGUAUAUGUUUGCACAGAGCUGUUUCAUUAGCAUCUACACCCAUUGACACUAUUACACAUACACACACUCACCCCUCUGGACAAGUAGGUUGUUCUAGUCACAAUCCAAGUUAAACUCACCAGUUAACCACAGUGUAUUUGUCUCUCUCUCUGUCAGGCUGGAAUGAGCUGCUCAUCGCCUCGUUCUCCCAUCGCUCUGUGACAGUGAAGGAUGGGAUCCUCCUGGCUACGGGCCUCCACGUCCACCGCAGCAGCGCCCACAGCGCAGGAGUGGGCUCCAUCUUUGACAGGUCUGAGAAAAAUACCUUUGUCAACAGUAUUACUCCUUGACCUUUGGAAUAUGGAUACAAUAGACUGUAAUGCAUAGCCAACACUAUACCUUUAUCUUCUGUAACACAGUUAGAAAUGUACUCCUGAGUGGCGCAGUGGUCUAAGGCACUGCAUCGCAGUGCUAACUGUGCCACUAGAGAUCCUGGUUCAAAUCCAGGCUCUGUCGCAGCCGGCCGCGACCGGGAGACCCAUGGGGCGGCACACAAUUGGCCCAGGGUAGGGGAGGGAAUGGCUGGCAGGGAUGUAGCUCAGUUGAUAGAGCAUGGCGUUUGCAACGGCAGGGUUGUGGGUUCGAUUCCCAUGGGGGGCCAGUAUAAAAAAAAAAUAAAAAAAAUAUGUAUUCACUAACUGUAAGUCGCUCUGGAUAAACGUGUCUGCUACAUGACUAAAAUGUAAAUGUAGCCCUGGUAUUUCUACAGCAGUAGAAAUGUCUAUAUUGAUAGUUUGUUGAGUGUCUAUAGAUGGAUUGACCAAAUAAAGUGUUACCGUGUUUUUUCCUGAUGACAUGGUCUUUUCUUGCUGUGUUGUGGCCUCCAGAGUGCUGACGGAGCUGGUGUCUAAGAUGAAAGACAUGCAGAUGGACAAGACUGAGCUGGGCUGCCUCAGAGCCAUCGUCCUCUUCAACCCAGGUAACUGAAGAGGAGGAUGGUCAUCCUCAUUCAUUUGAGCAUUAAAGAUUGUCAUCCAAUAAGCCAGUUCGUUUUUUCAACAUAAUUUCAACUUUCUAAGUCACCAGCCAACAUUUAUUACAAACACAUUACAAACAUGCUGCAGGAAUAUAUACAGUAUUUUACAUAGACUGUGUACACAAGAGUAAGUUCCUGUCUAUGAAUGUUCUUUGCUUCCAGAUGCCAAGGGCCUGUCUAAUCCUACAGAGGUGGAGGCCCUGAGAGAAAAGGUGUACGCCUCACUGGAGUCCUACACUAAACACAGAUACCCAGAUCAGCCUGGCAGGUCAGUCUAACACUGUCACACUAGCCCUCAGUCUCACACGAUGUCAGCUUAUUUUAGUCUCUGUUCGUUUCACACUCUAUCAUACACACUAAUGUCCAGUCAUUCAACAGUCUCACGUGUCUCACUCCUAUGAUCCUGUAGCUGUUGAAAGCACAGGAGGUUUGUGGCACCUUAAUUGGGGAGAACGGGCUCGUGGUAAUGACUGGAGCGGAAUAAGUGGAAUGGUAUCAAAUAGAUCAAACACAUGGUAUUCAGGUGUUUGAUGCCAUUACAUUUGCUCCGUUCAGGCCAUUAUAAUGAGCCGUUCUCCCCUCAGGUAACUAGACAGAGGCUCUAAUUUCUUCAUAUUCCUUCUCCACUUUAAGACUUUAAGAUGAUAUGUCAUAAUUCAUCUUUAUGGUUUGUGUGUACCAUUAAAAAUCAUGAAUAAGCUCUAAAAUGACACCCCAGACUAGAGUAAUCAACCCUCCCUUCUCUCUUUUCUCUCCUCUCCCGGUCAGAUUUGCCAAGCUGUUGCUGCGUCUGCCUGCACUGCGCUCCAUCGGCCUCAAGUGUCUGGAGCACCUCUUCUUCUUCAAGCUGAUAGGGGACACGCCCAUAGACACCUUCCUCAUGGAAAUGCUCGAAGCGCCGCACCAGAUCACA